AAACACAAACUGCACCAUCACCAAACAAAUGAACCUGAAGACUUUGAAAGAGUAAAGGUUGGUGUCAUGGUCCAGGUCAGCGUCGGUCCGGUGUGCCUUGCAUUUGCAGCGAUAGGCCAGAUCUGGUAACACUGUAAACUCUGGAAACCCAUGUUCCGGCAGCGUUCGUUGUCAAUACUUGUAUUGAAAUAUUGGCAGUUUCAGUAAAAUUCAUUUUUGAGUUGAUACCAGUUUCUCUCAACUCUAGCUGAAGUGUUGCUCAAGCUCAGCUGCAGCAAUGGCAGACAAAUUGGAGCCUUCGGAAAGCCUGAUGCCUAAAAUACGAGCAUUGAUUGACCCACCUAACAUUGAAGAUGUGAGGCCAAAGGGGAAAAAGCUGGCGGAACGUGAGGCGGAGGCUGUACCAUGGAAAAGCAACCAUGACCACUGUGACUUUUGUGGAGAAGGUGGAGACUUGCUGUGCUGUGACAAGUGUCCCUGUGCAUUUCAUCUGGCUUGCUGUGAGCCACCUGUAGAUCCGGACAACAUUCCCUCAGGAGACUGGCUUUGCACUAAAUGUCGACCUGGUUUGACACCUAGUCUGAAUGUCAUCGCCCCAUUUGAUGCUUUGGUGAAGCAGUGCCUGAGGCGCAAUCCCACAUCUUUUUCCCUUCCUCCCGAGUACAGCUUCAAUACAUGCUUACCAGGUGGCCGUAAGAAAAAGAAAGCUGGCGAAGAUUCUCGUUCUAAAUCUAGCAGCACGGGUGUUCUGAUUGUACCUCCUUCGGCCACAGCUGGUAACGCUCCUGUUGCCUCUUCGCCGUCUCCUAUCGAUGACGAUCCUGACUACUGUGAGGGCGAUCGGAGUGUGCGCGAUUUCUGCUUUGUGUGCAAUAAGACUAAACGAAUUGGCUGUAUGGUGUACUGCGACUUCUGCCCUUUGGCUUUUCAUCUCGACUGUCUGGACCCACCAUUAACUAAUGUACCUGGUACACUGUGGAUGUGCCCUAAUCACGCUGAGCACCAUGUACCUAGCUUCAGAAACCCACUACUUUCGGAGCGAUGUGCGGCUAUGGAAGAAACAUCUAAGCAACUCAAUCGACAAACGGUUUUGCUUGAUUUUCUCAACGCCACCAGAAGGGCCCCAUCGCCUACACCACCGACUGAUUCAGUAUCUUUACCGAAGCGCAAUGCAAUUGAGGUGCCAGCAUCAGUGAAGGUUCUGUACCGUCAGCCCAUGGCAUCCAGUGACCAGUGUACUCUUAGUCAACUUUGCCAAGCCGCCAGCACCUCCAGUGCCAAAGCCGCUAGUCGUGCACGUACGUCUGCACUGAAGGACAUUGCUGCUAAGGCUAACACCGGUGCCGAGCCUGGAGCAACUGGCCAAGAGAAUCAAGAGGGUGCUGGAGAUUGGUGGGGAGAUCGACCAACUGUCAACGUCCAGGAGCAAAAUCAGUGGCUGGAGGGCGUUGUCCGUGAUCUAUACAAUCCGUCAGGACCGUCCGAUUCGAUUCCAAGUUGUCAAGCAAUGUCUGCAUCACCCACAUCAGGGGUGUCCCAUUCUGUUCCUGAAUCAGCAUCUUCUUCAAGCCGACACUCUGAAGACUCAUCGUCUUCCCCAGUUGCUGAUGAAUCGAGUCCAGCUGAUGUUCAAAGAUCAUCCUCUUCCUCCCCUACCUGUAGCUCCAAGGGUGAUGCCAGUCCAGCCUCUCUCCCUGUGACGACAAGUUCUUCACCAAGUCUUGCUGCCUCGUCACCCACAGUUGCAUCUGUAAGGAGCACAGCUGUGGCUAGUGGUAACAGUAGCAGCGCGGGCGCUGUUGUGACGUCAUCACCAGCUGUGGUUGACCGCCAUCAAGUGUGCAGUGCCUCCUCUCAUCCUGCCACCACCGCCACUAACAACUCCAGCGCAUCUGAGCUGCCCCAUCCAGCACUGGGGCCUCGUCGUGCCAGAAGAGGAGAUCACGAGCCACUAUCCACUAUGCUGCAUGUCCUGAAUGCCAACAUGCUUCCAUCUGUGGCUGCCAAGGACACGAACGCAUCUUCACAACGGCAUGAUGCUAUCCUGAACGACCACCUGGGAUAUGCAUUGCCUGCGGUGGAUAGAUUAGACUCACGUCUUUUGCAUCUUCUGGCCGCCCAGCGUUUGCAGCAGAUUGUGUCCGGCAAGUAUGUGCAUGAUGCGGAUAAUGACACGUCCUCAAUAACAAGAGAACAUGAGGAGGCUAUGGAUACAGCGCAUGCGCAAUACCAGAGUACUUCGUCAGUCUUCUCAGAGUCGGCCUCGCCUAGCUUUGGUUCACGAGCCGAAGCUGCUAAGCGUUCAACUGCUGAUUGCAAUGGGGUUUCCCUUGAUGAGCAAUGGCGCGUGAAAAAAGAUGACCUGCUCUCUGCUAAAGCGCUGCUUUGUCCAGUGUCUUGCAAUGGCUCUCCGUUUCCCGUCGCCAAUGGAUGUGUCUCCAUCGGUGUUGGUGCAGACAUGGACCUGUCCUUGCGCUUCUACUCACCGUGUCUACGUCUAUCACGCAAGCAUGCUUGCUUGUUCUAUGAUGAGGACCAACACCAAUACGAACUGCUAAGUUACAGCGAAUUUGGCAUACACGUGGAUGGUGUUCUGUACGGCUGUGACGUUUCGCAAAGUGACUUGUCGCCGGAAUCCGAUCUUGUCACUGUGGAUCAUGUUCGUUCGUCCAUGGGCCAUGGCCCACGCACCAGGCGUGCCCAGCAGCGUGUAGAAUCAGCUCGGCGGCGCUGGAAACAGCCACACUCCAUGCGCUAUCUGCAAGACUUGCUCUCGUAUUGUGCAACCGAACAGGAAACUGAAGACGGGUCUACUGUCAAUCUCGUAAAGGACUCGUCUGAUCGCACAGGUUUUAGUGAUAGCGAUGAUGAAGUGAUGGCUGUAUCCUCCGCAAAUCUCACCAACACGACGGUCAUCACUGAAGGUGAUUCCCCUCCCAACAACCUUCAAUUACCUGGUCUUCUGUCCCGUCCACCUCGCUCUCCAUCACCUUCAGCUAGUGCAUGCCUGACCCCGAUGGAGAACUUUUCCUCGUGGAUUCAGAGGCAAGAUGCUGUGGUGCGCUCUGCUGGCUUCUGGCUGCCCAGUGAAGCUGAAAAGUGCCUGCCUAGCUGUUCAUGUACAGUGGAGAAUGGCGGUGUUGCCGUGUCAGGUUGCGUGCCCGGUAACUGGGAGGGCUCUGCGGUGCUGCGGCAUGGCAGUAGCGUGCAGUUUGGUUGCCUGCGCUUUGUGUUCAGCAUUGCUGGGAAGCCAGGUCAUGACAAGCUUGUUAAGUCGCUGGUCAGCGUGCUACCCGACUCCAGUGACAAGAUCUCCUCUGAUGCACAAGCAACCAAUGUAGCAAGCAAACCAACCUCUACUACAUCAGUCUCAGGGUCUACCCAGAUAGCAUCAUCAGUGAGUUCUGCUACAGUGUCAUGACAGGUGUACACUGGUCAUUUUCGUCUCAGUUGCUUGGACACUCUGUUACUUGUUUGUAGGUUUUUAUUGUCAUUACCAGGUGUUCUAUACAGAUCUCUAUACUCGUGUUCCCGUGUCGGUAUUUCGGGUAAGACAUUUUUUGCUAGAUUGUGUUUAGUCUCGUAGAGAAUGUGCUUCGUGUGCUUCAUUGAUGCUCCGUGAGCCUGGUCCGUGCUCCGUUUGCCGCCUUGCACCAGCAUUGCCAAAAGUGUGCUGCGAAAUCUGUCCAUGUUUGUAUUCCUUAGACGAGCCUGCUCGGCUCAGACUUUUCUUUUGUAAAUUGUUGGUUUCAGUCUCAACUAAUCCUAAGUUCCUAACCUAACCCUAAUAGCUCUUGACCCCCAUCCCGCAAGAAUUUCCUUAUUCCAUUGAAAAUGAAUACCAGUGUUGUGAUAUCAGUCUCUAUUAAGAAGUCAUGAAAACGAUUA